CGAUGCUGAGCUCAGUGUGCGUCUCCUCGUUCCGCGGGCGCAAGUCUGGCAACAAGGCGCCGUCCAAGUCAUGUUUGAAAGGGGAGAUGGGCCGGAACGAGGACAACGACAAGAUCGUCAUCAACGUGGGCGGCAUCCGGCAUGAGACGUACCGCAGCACCCUCAAGACCCUGCCGGGCACGCGGCUCUCGUGGCUCACGGAGCCCGACGCCUGCAGCAACUUCGACUACGACGCCAAGGCCGACGAGUUCUUCUUCGACCGCCACCCGCAGGUCUUCGCCUACGUGCUCAACUACUACCGCACGGGCAAGCUGCACUGCCCGGCCGACGUGUGCGGGCCGCUCUUCGAGGAGGAGCUGGCCUUCUGGGGCAUCGACGAGACCGACGUGGAGGCCUGCUGCUGGAUGAACUACCGGCAGCACCGCGACGCCGAGGAAGCGCUCGACAGCUUCGAGACGCCCGAGAGCCAGGAGGAUGAGGACAGCGGCGGCGACCUCAAGCGCCUCUGCCUGCAGGAGGACGGGCGCAAGCUGGGCUGGUGGUCCUCCUGGCAGCCCAAGGUCUGGGCGCUCUUCGAGGACCCCUACUCCUCCAAGAUGGCCAGGUACGUGGCCUUCGCCUCACUCUUCUUCAUCCUCAUCUCCAUCACUACCUUCUGCCUGGAGACCCACGAGGCUUUCAACCACAUCAAAAACAAAACGGAGGUCAUCCAGACCGAGAACAUUACCAGCAUAAAGGUGGACUAUGAGAUGGAGACGGAGGCCUUCCUGACUUACGUGGAAGGGAUGUGCGUCAUCUGGUUCACCUUUGAGUUCCUCAUGCGUGUCAUCUUUUGCCCAGACAAGCUGGAAUUCAUCAAGAGCACCCUCAACAUCAUCGACUUUGUGGCCAUCCUGCCGUUCUACUUGGAGGUGGGCCUCAGUGGCCUCUCGUCCAAAGCCGCCAAGGAUGUGCUGGGCUUCCUGAGGGUGGUAAGGUUUGUCCGGAUCCUAAGGAUCUUCAAGCUGACCAGGCAUUUCGUAGGGCUGAGAGUCCUCGGCCACACGUUGAGAGCCAGCACCAAUGAGUUCUUGCUCCUCAUCAUCUUCUUGGCCCUGGGGGUCUUGAUCUUUGCCACCAUGAUCUAUUACGCCGAAAGGAUUGGGGCUGACCCAGACGACAUCACGGGCAGCAAGCACACCGUCUUCAAGAACAUCCCCAUUGGGUUCUGGUGGGCGGUGGUGACUAUGACGACUUUGGGCUAUGGUGACAUGUACCCUGAGACUUGGUCAGGCAUGUUGGUGGGAGCCUUGUGCGCCUUGGCUGGUGUGUUGACCAUCGCCAUGCCCGUGCCAGUCAUCGUCAACAACUUUGGCAUGUAUUAUUCGCUGGCCAUGGCCAAGCAGAAACUACCAAAGAAAAAGAACAAGCACAUCCCACGAGCCCCACAGCCUGGGUCGCCCAACUACUGCAAACCGGACAUGCAGUCUCCACAUCGGAGCAACCAGGGCGACUCAUGCCCCCUUGCUCAAGAGGAAAUCAUCGAGAUCAACAGGGCAGAUUCCAAGCAGAAUGGUGAUGCGGCAAAUGCAGCGUUGGCUAAUGAGGACUGCCCCACAAUUGACCAGGCCUUGUCACCUGAGGAGAAGUCGCCUGUCACGCCUGGCGGCCGUGAGCGCUACAACCGUGAUCGAGCCUGCUUCCUCCUCUCCACAGGUGACUUUGGGCAGUCACCAGAUGGGAACAUCCGAAAAGGGUCCACCCUGUAUUCUCGUAACGCCCCGACCGCGUGAGCCAGCUCUGAUUACCGCCUGAGACUGGCUGGGCAUGUGAACUCCAGCACCUCCCGGAGGCAGGUCAGCCCUGCUCAAUGCUUUCAAUCCAAUCUCAGUGUGUUGUGGCUUUUCCUGCUGGGGUGGGGGCAGCCUGGCGGAUGGGAAAGGAGGUCUCUGGGUAUCUCAAUCUGUAAUAAUGUCCGUUUUCUCCACUCUGCUGGGAUAGCUGAGUUGAGGGCACCUGUUCACUGCAGAGACCCUUUCUGUAGCAGUGCUGAAAUGCAGCUACCUCUGGCAUGGAGGAGCUCUUCCACAUGGAGAUAUGCCUUAAUCACGUCUGAGAGAGAGAGACCUGGAGGCUUCCUUGGGCUAUGAAACUGGGCCUUGCUUUGAGAGAGAUUUAGUGCGAUACUCUGGUGGAAAAGCUGGUGCCUCGGUGUUACAUGCUAUGAACGUUGAAUAACAUGCAGUUCUGAUCAUAAGAGCAUGCCAUGUACAGAGCACAUGUGAUGACUUGUUAUCUGCAUGCAUAACAUACAUUACGUGGUAUGUCGGAUGCCACAUGGGCCAGCAAAGAGCAUGCUGGCACAUGUGGCAGCAUGCUUUCUAUGCGCAUGUUAUGCAACAUACUUUAAGACAAGGUGGGCAACUUGUGGC